AGGUGUUGACAAUCACAGCCAACAAUACAAAAGGCUUCCUUUCUUAACUUCAUGAAUAUGAAUUUAAACUCAGAAAGCAAAAGAAACAGAACUUUUCCUAAUGUGAUAUGAAUAUGAUGAUGCCAAAUUGCCAAUGCCUGUGGACCUCAGGGAGGUGCAACCACCAUCAGUAGUAGCUCUGCAGCAUGCUUGGUCCCUUAGCAGCUCUACAGCAUGCUUGGUAACUCUGCAGCCUCUCAUUUCAUUUGCAUUUGCAUUUAAGUUGCUGUUCAUUGCAGCCUCAUUUCAUCAACAUUUGCAGCUUAGCUUGCUGCACAUUUUUGCUGUCAUUUGACAGCUCAUUUUCACCAUAUUUGCAGCUAAAUUGCUGCACUUUGCUGCUACCGUCCUAUUGGUGCAGCUCUCCCUUCAUUUUGCCCCCAUUUUGUGCAGCCUUUCAUUUUCAUUUGCUGCUACGUUUGCAGCUUGAACACCACAGCUCCAACAAAAUUAACAGUAAGAU